UUGGCAGCUUUCCGCACCGGGAGGGCGGGCACCUCCCAGCUGCUGGCGGCGCGGGCUCUUUUCCCUUUCCUGCUGGCCAUGGAGCGGUUGAUGUUGCCUCCCGGCGGCGCGGCCGCGGUGGAGGAGUACCUGGAGUACCGGAGAAUUGUUGGUGAGGAUGAUGGAGGGAAACUUUUUACUCCUGAAGAGUAUGAAGAAUACAAAAGAAAAGUUUUACCUAUGCGAUUACAGAACAGAUUAUUUGUGAGCUGGCGGUCACCAACAGGAAUGGAUUGUAAACUUGUUGGCCCAGAGACACUGUGCUUUUGUACACAUAGGUAUAAACAGCAUAAAACUGACUUUGAAACAAUUCCACAGCAGCGCCCCAUGGACCUGCCUUGCCAAGUGACUGGGUGUCAGUGCAGGGCUUACCACUAUGUCCCUCUUAAUGGUACCCAGCCCAUUCGCUGCUGGUGCAAACACUUUGCUGACCAGCACAGCGCUGCUUUUGGCUUCACAUGCAACGCAUGUUCUAAGUGUUCUGGAUUCCAUAGUUGCUUCACUUGUGCCUGUGGCCAACCUGCAUAUGCCCAUGACACAGUGGUGGAAACACAGCAAGAAAGGCUGGCUCAGGGAAAACCAGUGGGACGCGAUGUUCCUUACGCAGCAAUGGGAGGUCUGACUGGUUUCAGCUCAUUGGCAGAAGGCUACAUGCGCUUAGAUGACAGUGGGAUUGGUGCACCAUCGGUUGAAGUUUUAGAGUCUCCAGUUUCUGCCAUGGAGCAUCCAUUUCUAAAAGCAUUGAAAACACCAUCCACUUCUUCUCCUCAGAUACUAAUGGAUGGGAUCCAACCCUGGAGCUCAUACUUUCUAGUAGGUGCAAGUACUCAGAUUUCUUCCUCAAGGAGACCUGAAGAGGAUGACAUGGCUUACUUUGAAAGACGAUACCAAGAAAGGAUAAAAAUGGAGAAAGCUGCUAAGCAGAAAGGAAAAGCUCCAUUACCAUCAGCCACGAAACCAUUGUGAAGUCUGUUGGGCAAAUAUCUCAUCCAUAGAUAUCUUCUUUCUAUUUAAUUUUCUCUCAAUUUAUGUGCCUUUUUAUUAUAUAAAAUGUCUUUUUGAAUAUUUGCUUAACUUAUUGAAAUAAGUGAAAUUUCUGUUAUUUUUGUCAGAAUUCAUAACCUAGCACUUUAUAUGCUUUUUUUCAGACAGGGUCUCACUGUGUAGCCCAGACUGGCUGUGAACUCACAGUUUUCCUGCUUCAGCUACCCUAGUACUUCAUAUAUACACUUUUCUCUCUCUAAAAAAGUAUUGGGGAGAAAUUCUGUUACUAGUUCAGAGACUGCAAUGGAUGUGGAUGAUGUGGGUGGAAACUAAAGUGUUAGAUUGUGCAGUAGCUGUGACCUUACUGUGGAAUGGGACUAAUAAGAGUCAUUAAGUUCAAGGUGUUGGCUAGCUAUUGUUAACUACUUUGGAAACCUUGAAAAGAAAAUGAUAAAAGGUUCUGUUACCCACUUAACUCAGGCAUGCCGUGAAAGCCAUAGUCCCUGUAUAAUUCCCUUUAAGAAGCUUCUCCUCCUGCAGAUGCAAGGCAGACUGCUUAUGAGCAGAUUCAGAUCUGAUAGUAAGCAAGGUUGCAAAAGAAACAGAACGCACAGCCUCCAUCUCUGCCAACAAAGUCAGCAUUCUGACAGGAAAAGAAAGGACUUUCAA